AUGCUCUUCCCGUACCCUUGUUGUCCUGCCCUAUCCACUCUCCCCCAUGCACCCUCUCUACCCUCCUUUCCAUCUCUGCAACCCCUAACCCGUCAAGCCAUCAGUUUUUCACCCAUGCCCUGCCCACUCCCCCCUUCCCCAUGCGACCUCUCCGCCCUCCCCCAUACACCCUCUCCGCCCUCCCCCGUGCCUUACCCUCUCCACCCUCUCUGCUUGCCUCUCCAGGCGCUGGCACGGCUAGCAACGCACUUCGCGCGUGUGGGAGUGCGUGUGUGCAGUGACGAGUGGGUCAUGGCAGAGCACGUGGCCGCCAUGCACCGAGCACACGCCGAGAAGAUGUACAGACCUGCUCUCAGCCGCCUGCACAUAGUGCAGAACUGCGGAGCUGCCAACCCCAAGGUCCCCUCACCCGCUACUCGCUUCCUUCCUCUCAACCCCUCCACACCCCUUUCCGGCUCGCCCCUUCCUCUACCUCUCCCCCCCAGGCCUGCUCUCAGCCGCCUGCACAUAGUGCAGAACUGCGGAGCUGCCAACCCCAAGGACCCCUUCUUCCAUGCCGCCCGCGACCUUUGUGCACCCUCCCCCUCCAACCCUCCCUCCUCGUCCCCUUGA